GUUAUAUCAGGCUACACAGCACUGGCAACAGCAGUACUUGGUUUCCUUUCUGGCUGAAGGCCUACAUCGCCUCGUCGUUGCGCAAUCGGAUUCAGUCAUUCUAAAAUCUCCCUAGCAACAGUCCAAAUAUAGUUGGUUCAGGUUCAACGCUGGUCGAACAGCUGAAGAACCUUGAGGAGAAUGCGACAUACCAUUUCCAAUGCAUAAUCUAUUGUCGCUACUUAGGAUACAUCUCCUGAUUAGGACAAUCUGGGUGAUACAACCCUCUUAGCGAUGUUACGUUCACAUUUGGACAUUGGCAUCCAUCCCUUUGCACCUACAUUGACCGAAUCCGAUGCUAACAUGCCAUGGGCAUAAUUACAUAGACAUGCCCUGCAAGUAUACUUACAGCAUCUCCGAUGACGUAUAUAUACAGGUUCCAGGAUGCAUCAUAUCCCUCCAUCCUAGCAAACAAUCUUACUCUGCAUUCACACUCUUCACUCACGAACACCUGUCCCCCUCCACCCCCCAGCCAUCUGCAAUGUCGGCUGUUACUCCAUUUCCCUUGCAGUCUGUGGUCUACAUUAAUGACUCCUCCCAUCCUGCAUAUGGAUAUGCUCUAUAUGUUCUUGAAUGCGAGCCCUGGUCUAACACAUGGAGGUAUAAGGUUCAGUACCAGAAAGUGGCCGCCAAUGGCAUAGUCUGGAGUGAUCCAUUUUUCAUCAACCAUAAUUGGCUCUCCACCACCUCACCCCUUGUGCAACCGGUGGCAUACUAUGUGCCAUCUCAGAGUGCAUCCUAGAUGGCAUACGUAGCCCGUUGCAGCCGUACACUGCUCCUCUCUGUCUUUGUAUUUUUUGUUUUUGUUUUUGUAUUAG